AUGGUACAGCCGACAGUUUCCGAAAGUGUCGGGUACGGCGUAGUUGUUGGUGUUGGAUUGGGUUUCGCUGUUUUGAUGAUAUCUAUUUCAUAUAUCCUUAAGAAGUACAGCAACGAGAACCAGACAUCAGAGCACUUUAAUACAGCCUCACAUAGUGUUAGAACUGGAUUAGUCGCCAGUGCUGUUGUGAGUAGCUGGACUUGGGCAUCAACAUUACUGACCAGUGCUCAAAAAACUUACCAAUAUGGUGUUUCGGGAGCAUUCUGGUAUGCGUCAGGUGCUUGUGUUCAAAUUUUGUUGUUUACGGUCUUGGCAAUUGAACUGAAAAGGAAAGCACCUAAUGCGCAUACGUUUCUGGAAGUUGUUCGAGCCCGGUGUGGACCGAUAGCUCACACAGUUUUUAUUUUUUUUGCAUAUGUUACCAACAUCCUUGUGAUGGCUAUGCUUUUAUGCGGAGGAUCGGCCACAAUUGCAUCUAUAACUGGUAUGAAUACGGUUGCAGCUUGCUUUUUACUUCCAGUAGGAGUGAUAAUAUAUACUAUUUUUGGAGGAAUCAAGGCAACGUUCCUUACGGAUUAUAUUCAUACAAUCAUCAUUCUUGUGAUUUUAAUUAUGUUUAGUUUAUCUGCCUAUUCCGCUAGUGACAAAAUCGGGUCCCCAGGUAAGCUCUAUGAUAUGUUGAAAGCUGCCGGAGACUCCCACCCUGUAGAAGGAAACGCUGAGGGAAGUUACCUUACUAUGAGAAGUCGAGAAGGAGCUAUUUUCUUCAUAAUUAACCUUGCGGGGAAUUUUGGAACAGUGUUUGUGGACAAUGGCUAUUGGCAAAAAGCUAUCGCAGCAAACCCUGCUUCAGCGCUGCCUGGCUACAUAUUGGGUGGCCUUUCUUGGUUUGCAAUUCCAUGGUUGGCAGCUACUACAACGGGUCUCGUAUGCCUUGCCCUUGAGUCUAUGCCUUAUUUUCCUACGUAUCCAAAUCGUAUGACUGAUCUAGAAGUCAGUCAAGGACUAGCUUUGCCCUAUGGAGCAAUUGCGUUGAUGGGUAAAACAGGUGCGAAUGCCACAGUAUUACUAAUAUUUAUGGCUGUUACUUCCGCAGCUUCAUCCGAAUUGAUUGCUGUCUCAUCAAUAUUUACUUAUGAUAUUUACAAACAGUAUUUUAGACGGAAUGCCGGCAAUAAAGAGUUGCUAUAUACUGGACAUGCGGUAUUAAUAGUAUUUGGGGUUGCGAUGUCAGCUUUAGCAACAGGGUUAUACUAUGGAAACGUAUCAAUGGGGUAUUUAUACCUACUGAUGGGAGUAUUGGUUUGCCCUGCAGUCGUUCCAGCAACAUGUGUGAUGCUUUCUUCACGAACCUCUAAGCUAGCAAUUACCGUUUCUCCUGUAUUAGGAUUGGUUUCGAGUAUCGUCAGUUGGCUUGUCGUUGCAGGUGUGCAGGGUUCAGGUAAAUUGACAAUUGAAACGACAGGGGCGAAUAAUCCAAUGUUAGCAGGCAAUGUUGUGGGACUCUUGAGCCCUAUACUCUAUUUGAUCUUUUUUUCCAUUAUUAAGCCCGAAAAAUACGAUUUUGAUGACUUGCUGAGUAAGUUUGAGAUGCACUACGAAUCUGAGGAAGAGGAGGUUCUACAGAAGAAAAAACUUAAUCGUGCAAGUAUGAUAUCAAAAAUUGCUGCAACAGGUGUUGCGGCCGUGUUUAUUAUUUUGUGGCCUUGGCCGAUGUAUGGUUCGAAAUAUAUAUUUUCAAAACGAUUUUUUACUGGCUGGGUCGUAGUAGGAUUAAUAUGGAUUUUCUUUACUGUGUUUUCAGUAGGAAUAUUCCCUCUAUGGGAAGGGAAAAAGGACAUUUAUGGCAUCGUGAAAAGAGUGUUCGAAUCAGCCUUUGGAGUGAAAGUCAUUGAAAGUGAAGAUAUCGUAGAAGUUGAUGCUUAUGAAAACAUCGAAAAGAAUGAAGAAAAGGGAACAGAGAAAAAGAAGCCUUUUAUGUAG